CAGUUUCAUCUUGUUCUUGACCAUCGCAGGGAAGAUAAAUAAUUAUGCAUAGUUAAACAAAUGGUAACAUUUGUUUGUAAAAAAAUGCACAAUUUACUUACAAUAAAGUAAAAAACUCAAAAUGGAUAUGACGGUAGAGGAAUCAAAAGAUAAAAUAAUUAAAAAGAAACGAAAUCAAAUAUUGAAAAGGAUUAAAAAACAUCUCGGAAUUGCUCGUCGUGAGUCUCACACCUGCUCUAAUCAAAACAAUUUGCCACCAUUGCAAUUUCAUAGUGUUCAUGGCGACAAUAUUCGAAUUUCUCGUGACGGUACACAAGCGCGGCGAUUCGAAAGCUUUUGUCGUGCACUUACAUUUAGCUCUAGACCAGUUCGCAUAAAUGAAAGAAUAUGUAUGCGUUUUUCUGAAAUCUCCAACAACUGGAAUGGCGGGGUUCGUUUUGGAUUUACAAGUAAUGACCCAGCUUCACUCGAAAAUUCACUACCCAAAUAUGCAUGUCCAGAUUUGACAAACCGUCCAGGAUUUUGGGCAAAAGCUCUCCAUGAACAAUAUUGCGAAUUGGAUAACAUAUUACAUUACUAUGUUAAUUCAGCUGGCGAUGUUAUUUACGGUAUUAAUGGAGAGGAAAAGGGAAUAAUUCUCACUGGAAUCGAUGUACGUGGAUUACUUUGGACAGUUAUUGACAUCUAUGGCAAUUGUACGGUAGUUGAACUUUUAGAUGCUCGUUUAUGCCAACAACAAUCUUCAACAAAUGCAUUUCCAUCAAAUCAAAUAAGUCAAUCUAAUAAUUCUAUAAAUAGUUUAAUGACGCCAAUGCAGUCCUUAAGCGUUUUAGAUAAUAAAGCUAACUUGCCACAGUUACAAUAUCACAUAAGCAACAAACUAGUGCCGUUGCCUUUUCACACUGCUAGAGGUCGAAAUAUUAGAUUUUCCUCUGACAAUUUAGUGGCAACUCGCACCGAAAAUGAUUUUUGCCAAGGAUAUGUAUUUACUUCUAGACCAAUACAAACUGAUGAAACUAUAGUAAUACAAAUAUUGAAAACCGAUCAUACCUAUGUGGGGUCUCUUGCAUUGGGUUUAACAUCAUGCAAUCCGGCUUCGCUAAAUCAAAAUGAUUUGCCAGAUGAUUCAAAUUUCUUACUCGAUAGACCUGAAUAUUGGGUAGUAAAUAAAGACAUUGCAUUGCCUAGUAAUAAAGGUGAUGAAAUUUCACUUUGCAUAUCAGCAAUGGGCGAAGUUACAAUUAGAAAAAACUGUGGUACGCCUAUAGUAUUAAUGCAUGUAGACCAUCGUUUACGACUUUGGGCAUUUUUCGAUGUUUACGGAUCAACUAGAAGUGUUCGUGUAUUUCGUCAAAUUUUUCAAAAUCUUCAUCCUCAAGUUAAGUUACCAUUGCAAGUUGAUGGUGGAGUGGCGGCGAUGGCACAUCGCACAAAUACUAGCGCAGACUCCAUAAACACAUUAAUAUCCCACUCAUCUAGUUUAGUAAAUCAUCCUCUUUCGUCCUCUGCUUCAACUACAUCGAUGAAUGUUAACAAAUUAUUGCAUUCAUCGGAACUGCUUGGCAGUUUAAAAGCAUCCUUAAAUUCUGCAACUCUUGAUGGCAACAUUUCAAUGCCAACAGUCGGUCAGAUAUAUUUGCCUUCAUCGUCAAGUGAUAUGAUUCAAGUUCAACCAGGUGGAACAGUGCUUGUUGUUAAUUUACCACCAACUACAUCCCGAGCCAACGAAUUUGAUUAUAGCAGUGAGGAUGUAAAAAAACAUAAUCAGCCUACAUCGACUUAUUCAAGCAAUCCAAAUGUAUCCUCGUUUAAAAAUAAGUCUAUAGAGGCAAAUUUAUUCAUGGGACCUCAGACCAACACUACAAAUUUUAAUCAAAAUCUUGAAGAAAAGAAAACUGAUAAGGAAUUACCUGUGUCUGAAUGUACCAUAUGUUAUGAAAAGAAUAUUGAUUCUGUCCUCUACAUGUGCGGUCAUAUGUGCAUGUGCUAUGAAUGUGCGAUUGAACAAUGGCGGGGAGCUGGUUGUGGACAGUGUCCACUAUGUCGGGCUGUUAUACGAGAUGUUAUUCGUACAUAUACAACAUGAUAAUAAUAUGAAGGGUCCAGAGGAAAUCGACGGCACAAAUUCAUUCAGUUUAUCCCACAAAUCUUAAAUAUAAGUUUAUUUUCUAAUAUUUUUAACUAGGCGAUUUGAUUUUAAUUAUA